UCUAUGGUUGUUUCUUCUCUUGGUAAUGGUUAGACGGAUCACAUGUAUAAAUGUCUCAUCUACAGCUAAACUUUCACAUACGACUUGGAAGACAAAGCCAUGUGAACUUCAAAUGCUUAUGUCUCUUGCAAAUUUGUCAAACCUUCACAAAUGUCUUCAGCACCACUUAUUUUGAAGCUUUAGAUAUGUAUGCAUUCCAAAAAUUGAUUCAUCUAUAUAUAGAGGUACAUAACCACACAAACUGAAUCACCACCAAGUCCUCACAUUCUCUACUACAAAAUAUUCUUGUGAACUCUAACACUUCUUCUAAAGAAAAACACAAAGGAAGAUCAACAUGGCAAUUGGAUUGCCUGGUUUUGUUCAGGGCAAGAAGACUCUCCGAAGAUCACUUUCAGGCAAUAGGGAACCAACUUUGAAGUCUUCAACCAUUCCGAAAGGAUACUUUGCUGUCUAUGUUGGAGAAGAUCAGAAGAAGCGCUAUGUAGUACCUCUUUCGUACCUAAAUGAGCCUGCUUUUCAAGACUUGCUGAGCAUGGCAGAAGAAGAAUUCGGAUAUGAGCAUCCGAUGGGUGGACUCACAAUUCCAUGCAGAGAAGACAUCUUCAUUGAUAUCACCUCACAGUUGAAUUGACUGUAAUUUGUAGCACUGACAUAGAUUCACAGAUUCUCAAUUUUGUAGAUCAUAUACUUUUACCUU